CCAACAAUGACUCUUGAAGGAGAAGAAGUUGAUUUCAAUGAAUUACAAGCCCAAAUUAGUCUAUCAUUAGGUACUAUAAGGGAUAUGACAUCCAGUUGGCAUAACACCAGCUCUAAAGCCAACAAUUCCACCAAACAAGACGAUUUAAGAGAAUGGAUGUCGAGACCGUCUAGACUAGGAUUAGGCGCGUCAGUAGCACAGACUAGUGCAUCCGAAAUAGAUGUGAGACUACAGCGGAAGUUAGCCUCGAAGGGCCCUUCAGUUGGUAACAAAGUUGAAGAGCAGAGCGAGCAAUCAGAAGAUGAGGAAUCUAAGUACAGAACGACGACGAAGAAGACUAAAAAUACAGCCAAAAAGUAUCUCGAUAAACCACAUGCUGUUAAGAAGAAUGUAGUCGGUGUCGAUAGCAACAUACAACUUUCCAAGAAGCAGCGCAAGAAGUUGAAUAAGAAACUCAAGCAGCAACAACAACAAACCAGCUAGACUGAUAAGGAUAUAUAGACAAG